GCUUCGUGCGAUCGCGGCCCAGUCGGCGAGUCGCUCGAGAGCAGUGAACUCACCCAUUCCUGCCCCAACCUCGCAAUAAUGCCUCUGUAAUCAGCAACAAUUAAAUAACGCUGAUGAUUCUUCUCCGGUCGUGGGUUGUACGCUUGAUCGCAUAUCGAAAUCACCAGUGAUCCGGUCAGUGAAAGUGUGUUUUUUGUGUCCCCUGUGACUUGUUCUUCGGCAGAGUACGAUGUAGAUCGCCGCCUCCGCCGCCCCACGAUGUUCGCCAACACCGUCUCCUCGCGCAGCAGCUCGAGCUGCAGCCGCAACUCGUCGAUGCCGUCGCUGCGCAUGCGCAACCCGCUCUCCCCCAAGACCUCCUACAACCCCCUGUUCCGCCAUUCCGACGCCCUGACCAGCUUCGACGCCUCCCACUUCAUCUUCCAGGAGCAGAAGCGCAAGGACAAGAAGAACCCGAUCCUGCGCAGAUACCACUCGCACGACUCCCAGCACACGUUCGAGGACGCGCGGGCCGAGGGCAAGGACGACACGCCCGACUCGACGAAGAGCAGGGGGAGCACGGGCUCGGACUCGGGCCAGGAGUACGAGGCGCGGGACUUCCUGGAGCGGUACUCCCUGCCCAGGGUUGUGCGGGUCAGCGGCGGCGAGCCCUUGCUGCUGUAUCGGUGCUUCGACAGCUUCACGAAGAUUCAGGCGCGGGGGGUGUUCGGGAAGAAGGGCAAGGAGAGGACGGAUGGGAGCAUUCUGCAUUUUCCUGAGGGAUAUUCAGGCUGGUUCUCUUUGACGAACGAAAAAGGUGAAAAGAGCGCAGUGGUGCACACGUCGAUUUUGCAACUGGUCCGAGAGCAAGUCUGUUCUUUCGUCAGUAUGCAACCUCUGACAGCGUACGCUUCGCAAACGGCCGAUCUAACAGAUGGCAGCGGCAAAGUGCAAUAUUUGAAGACUCAAAUCCGGGCGGGGCAGCUCUUCCAGCUCCGGGCGGUUUUCCAGCACCGGGAUCGUCCUGACGGUGGCAGGAACUCGACGCGGUCCUCCAGGAUUUCGCGGUCGGCCAGAGACAAGGACCUGUCUAAUCGAUAUGCUCAACUCGUUAGCCAAAACAAUCAAGAAUUGUACGUUCCUCUUACUGCUAAAGGGGAAUUCUACGAAAUUCACAGUUCGAUGAAGGCGCGCCUCUGCUUUCCGGGAAUGCUGGACAAAACCGGACCUUUGGCUCUGGAUAAAGACUGUCUUUAUAGAAUAACGCAUCUGCUGAGGCGGGUGGCGCUCCCGGUCAAGGUCAAGCUCAUCACAGGGCCGCUGCCUCCAGGAUUACCCAAAGAUUUUACAGACACUUUCAUCCUCGAAAACAAAUUCCAAGAGCCGCUCAUGGUCACCUGCACCCUCCCGCCCCCCAACCAGGACAUCAUCCAGCACCAAAUCAGCUGCAUCAACCUCAACUCCAACUUGAAACUCUCCAAAAGCACUCUGGGCUUCGAUUCCGAAAACCGACUCUUCAAAUCCCAGCGCCUCCAAGCAGCCCUCGCGUUUUGCCACAAAAACGUAGAAAACUGGUACCGAGAAGUCCGAAUAGCCCCUGACUUAAAACACGACACGUUUUGCCCCGAGUGCCGACAACCCCAGUGCGAAUGCAAGCAAUACGAAGACAAACAGAUCAUCACAAAAGAAGCCAUGGAAAAGUUCCCUAAACCGAAAAAGUGGUACAAGCACUUCAAAAUCUUGGGGAAGAACGAAGAAGGACCGCAGUUCACCGACAUAAGAGAUCCUUUAGACGGAAUGGAGAAAGGCAAGAGCAUAGAGAGGUAUAAAGACAUGUCCAAGCUAAUUGAAGAGAAGUUUGGAAGGAAGAGCUACAACCCUGUGAAGAAAUCCGCGAGUUUUAUGUUCUCGACGAAGAGGAUCGACUUGGAGGAGACGUCCCGUGGAGGGAAAAACAACCCGGCGUUGUUGAAGUGUCAGAGUUUGGACACGCAGCUGUAUUCUAUUUCGGAAAGCCAGAAGAACCACCCGGAGCGCGGGUCCAUGCGGAGCUACGAUUUCCAGAUGUGUAUUCUGGAUGAAGAUGCGAAGGAAGAGUUGAAGUUGGACGAGAUCAAGCCUGUGGUUGAAGUCAAGUUGAAGAAGACUAAGCCGGAUUUGAUUCCGACGCUGCCGAAACAGGACCAUGACCAUUCGUAUAUAACUGAGAGGCUCUGCACGGAGUUCCACGUUAAAACCAAAGUACAAAAAGCUAAAUGUGGGAAAAUGGUGGACGGGAGAUAUAAGAAUGAUCUUCCGAAGACCAGGUCUGUGGUGGUGCAGAUUCAUGAGGUGAAGUCCAGUGAAGGGUUUGUUAAUGUCGACGAUAUUCCGUAUAGUCAAGUGGCUGAUGAGGUGUGUCAGCGGAAGAAUGAAGGGGGCGGGGCGAAGAGUCAAGAUGAGAAUAUCUAUGCCGAGAUUUGUGAGAGUUCUUCGGGUUGUCCGAAUUGUGAUAAUAGUAAAUUGUGUGAGUGUAAGAGGACUAAGACGGAGUAUUGUUAUGUUAAGUUAGGGUCGAAUGGUGAUAGUGUGACGCAGUCGGAUUCGGAUGAAGCUAUAUAUAACACGUUGAGAUGAGGAUGCGCUUAACUCUAAUUUAAUUAUUUUUUUAUUAAUAUUAUGAGUAAUACUGUUUCCUACCAAUAAAAUAUUUAAUAUUU